AUGCAGAGGAAACCUAAACGUACCGGUAACGUUACUGCUAGCAAAGCUGAAGAUGAAUUUCGCAACUAUGAAGACUCAGACCGUCAUGCGCUUGUGUCACGUCACUAUGCACUCAUGCGCAAGAAUCAGACGGUGGCUUUUCAGGAGAAAAUGCAAGCAAAAUAUGGUUCUUUCUGUAAUACUCAGAUGACAAUUCGUGAAGCGUUUACAGCAUUAAUGGGAUAUGUGGAUUCGUCCGAUCCAGACUCGUCACUACCGAACCUUGAGCAUAUGUUACAGACGGCUGAGGGUAUUCGUGCUGCUGGUCAUCCAGAUUGGUUUCAACUUGUUGGAUUAUUGCAUGAUAUGGGCAAGAUUCAGUAUCUAUGGGGGUAUGCUGAAGACGGUCAAGAAGGUACUGCGGAUGGAGAUCAAUGGGCACUUGGUGGUGAUACGUGGGUCGUAGGGUGUCAGAUUCCUGACUCGAUUGUAUUUCCCGAGUUUAAUGCCAGGAAUCCCGACAUGAAUGAUCCACGAUACAAUACAAAGUAUGGUAUGUAUGAACCUCAUUGUGGGUUUAAGAAUCUCAAGUUUGCAUGGGGUCAUGAUGAAUACAUGUACCAGAUGCUCAAGUUCAACAAGACGACAAUCCCAGAAGAAGGUCUAGCGAUGAUCCGUUACCAUUCGUGCUACCCAUGGCACAACAAGAAGGAGUAUACUCACUUGAUGAGUGAGGAGGAUGAAGAUUUGCUGGACUGGGUGCUUGAGUUUAACAAAUUCGAUCUGUACACAAAGGCGGAUAUGCGUCCAGAUGUGGAAAAGUUGUGGCCAUACUACCAGGCAAUUAUUGACAAGUACCUGCCUGCUGGCUCAAUUCCUAGCAAUUUGUUGUCACGAUACAGUCUCAUCCUAUUGCUGAAUUCUUACGAGAACGCUUCCGUUGGCUCCACGCGGACGUAA